AUGGCCGUGCUUCUCCCCAUGGACUCGCCUGCUGGAGCUGAACCCCGACCUGCUGGGUCUGGCACAUGCAGCCACGUUGUGGAGUUGAGUUAUUCCAGUGUCACCUGGGUAGGAGAUCAACGGAUGAGAGACUGGCAGAAACAAAACCAGCAGGGUGCUUGUCACAACAAAAGGCCUGUGAGCUCUUCCAGUGAAGGUGACAAGUGUGAUAUUGGAGCCACUUUGUCACUGGAAAUACAAGAAGCAUCAGGGGCUUUUGAUUGCUUGCUAUUGAUUACUGACUUGCUAUUCAGGCAGUUUACACCACUAAUAAAUGCAAGUGAAAUUCAAAGAUUUUCAGAUUUUCCAUUGUCAAAGAAAACCCUAAAAGGAUUGCAGGAAGCUCAGUAUCGUGUGGUAACGGAGAUACAGAGGCAAACCAUAGGUUUGGCUUUACAAGGUAAAGACGUACUGGGAGCUGCAAAGACUGGAUCAGGCAAAACCUUGGCUUUUAUUGUCCCAGCUUUGGAACUCCUGUAUCGCCAUCAGUGGACUUCAGCUGAUGGACUGGGAGUUUUGAUCAUAUCGCCUACCCGGGAACUGGCAUAUCAAACCUUCAAGGUUCUGCGUAAAGUGGGAAAGAAUCAUGAGUUCUCAGCUGGCCUUAUCAUUGGAGGAAAGGAUCUGAAAGAAGAGUCUGAAAGAAUCCACCACAUAAAUAUGCUAAUUUGCACUCCAGGACGGCUUCUACAGCACAUGGAUGAAACUUCAUAUUUCUAUGCAUCUGAUCUGCAAAUGUUGAUUCUUGAUGAAGCUGAUAGAAUUCUAGACAUGGGGUUUGCUGAUACAAUGAAUGCAAUCAUAGAAAAUCUACCUAAGAAACGCCAGACCUUGCUUUUUUCUGCGACACAAACAAAAUCAGUGAAGGAUCUUGCACGGCUGAGUCUGAAAGAUCCGGAAUAUGUUUGGGUUCAUGAGAGAGCCAAAUUCAGUACCCCGGCAACUUUGGAUCAGAACUAUGCUGUUUGUGAGCUUCAGCAAAAAGUAAACGUGUUAUACUCUUUCCUGAGAAGUCACUUGAAAAAGAAGAGCAUUGUGUUUUUUGCAAGCUGUAAAGAGGUCCAGUAUCUAUUCAGAGUGUUCUGUAAGCUACAGCCUGGUCUUCCUGUACUGGCACUCCAUGGCAAGCAGCAUCAGAUGAAGAGAAUGGAAGUCUACACUUGUUUUGUUCGGAAAAAGGCAGCAGUACUUUUUGCUACAGAUAUUGCAGCUCGCGGCCUGGAUUUUCCAGCGGUGAACUGGGUCAUUCAGUUUGAUUGUCCAGAAGAUGCAAACACAUACAUCCACAGAGUGGGAAGAACAGCCAGAUACAAAGAAGGUGGUGAAGCUUUGUUAGUAUUGCUUCCCUCAGAAGAAAAAGGCAUGGUGGAACAGCUGGCACAGAGGAAAGUACCUGUCAGUGAAAUCAAAAUUAAUCCUGAAAAACUUACAGACAUUCAAAAGAGGAUGCAAGCUUUCUUAGCUCAAGAUCAGGAGUUAAAAGACAAAGCUCAAAGGUGUUUUGUAUCCUACUUGCGUUCAGUUUACUUAAUGAAGAAUAAGGAAGUAUUUGAUGUUUUCAAAUUGCCUCUAGCAGAAUAUGCCCUAUCACUUGGUCUUGCAGUGGCACCUCGUGUGAGAUUUCUUCAAAAGGUUCGGAAACAGCUGUGUGCGAAUGAGACAGCUGAUGGGAAGGAUCACUUGAAGGAGACAGAGCGAAAUAAAAAUACCCUCUCCUCGAUAAGCAAGGAAGAAGUGGAGAAAUGCGGAGCUAAUUUCAGUGGAAAGGUGUCUGUUAACAAAAUAAAGGAAAAGGAGAGAAGGAAAGAAACUGAGGAAUGUUCUGCUUCCAGUGAGGGUGCUGAGGAGGGUGGUGAAUCUGAGGAUGAAUUGGAAGAGGUAUCUGAGGAGGAGGAAAAAGAAGUUCCUGUACCAAGCAGGGUUCCAAACCCAGACUCCAUGCAGUUCUUUGAAGAUGAUGAUGAUGAUGAUGAUGAUACUAAAGAUCUUGAUUUGCUGACAGUGAAACGACGGAAUGUUUUUGGUGUGGAAUCUAAAGAUAAUACAGCACCGGUAAGUUCACUUUAUAGUAAGGCUUAUGAAUCUUAA